UCCAGAAUAUGCAAGAAAUACUUCCUCAAGCUAUUCAAAUAAUUGGUCAGUUAUUGACUUAAUUGUAGAGGAUAUUGAUUCACUGCUACUACCUCACGAACAUCAAAAAGAACCUGUGAAAUGA